GAACGGUAACCAGACAGAGCCAUGGGUUCUGGCUCAGUCUUCCCCCUACGGCCAGAUGACUGGGAUGCCAGGUGCUGCCCUUCCGUGGCCCUCAGUUUCCCCCCUUCACAUUGAGGAGCCUUGGCUUGGACUAAAGUUUUCUGGAGGCCCCUCCCAAGUUUGUUUACACAACUUCUUGGGGGGCGAGGACCUCAAAAGCCCCAAAGGGGCAUCCCCUUGACCUGACGCUGGGCGCUGCUGGGCCCCAGCUGGAGACUCUCCAGAACCCGGGCGGCCCCGAGCCUCGUCUGACUCGCGGCCUUCGAGCGUUGCCAGCGACACGCGACACGCGGUGGUCCCGCAUCAGGAUCCCUCCUCCGCACGCCCUGGCCGCCAUCCUCCAGGUAGCGCCACAGCGACAUCUCGUGGCGGAGAGCAUCUGCACCACUUGGCUCCUGGCCCGCCUGAGUCAGGGCGGGCCUCUGCGCUUCGGGGCGGGCAGCGCCGAGGCCGAGUGGAUACACACUCCCUGCGGGUGUAACCGGAUCGGACGGCGGGGCUGAAUUCUACACAACGGGCCCACGCUCCCGCCCAGCCUGCGUGGACGGUCCCGGCUCCCCCCGGAGAGGGGUGGGACUGCCGAGCCCCUCCCCCCAAAGCCCCGCCCCUCGCACCAGCAGCCGCUGACUGCGCCUGCGCACUGUCUCACACAUGCUCGCCUCCGCGAAGGUGCCGCUCCCAAGAAACGUGUCCCACGCGCCACGCCGUCUGUUUCCAGGGCAACCCGGCGCCUCUUAGCAACCCCGCGCGCAGCCUGGGUCGUUUCCAGGCGCCCCCAGCCUGCCAUGGCGGCCGCGGGUCCCAGCGUCUUCCUACUCAUGGUCAACGGGCAGGUGGAGAGCGCCCAGUUUCCUGAGUAUGAUGAUCUCUACUGCAAGUACUGCUUUGUGUAUGGCCAGGACUGGGCCCCCACGGCGGGUCUGGAGGAGGGCAUCUCACAGAUCACAUCCAAGAGCCAAGACGUGCGGCAGGCGCUGGUGUGGAACUUCCCCAUCGACGUCACCUUUAAAAGCACCAACCCCUACGGCUUUCGUCUACAUGCUGUGCAGCUGACGUUUUGGGAGCUCAGAGCCAAUCGGGUGAGGCCCCAGCCUGCGCCUUGGACAGCUCUGGGGCUGGGAAGCAAGGCUCUCAGCUUGCGAUCGUGGCUUGUGCUGCUCCUGACCGGAGCCGUCCACACCUCCUGUGCACAUCCCUCGAGUCCCCUCUCCGAGGCUUGGUUCGUACUGUCCCCUCUGCCUGGGACACCCCUUCCCGCUGCCAUCUCUGGCCUCCUUCCCAGCGCCCUCGUUGCUUGCAGUGUUUACGAUCUGCCUUGUCCACUAGUUGGAAUUCGCUCUCACUUAAUAACCGCCUACUGUGUGCAAAGUCUGGGGUCGCUCCAAAGGGGCUGUGAAUACUCCCCCCGUGUGUGCUUUUCCUAGCUUCCUAAUCCUAUGUGGUGGACAGAUUGCAUUCCAUUUCUUUUCCCACAUUAGGAAACUGACACAGAAAGUGAUGUCAUUUGCCUUCAACUUUAUAGCUAGGAGCUGAGUGUGGAUUGGCUUUCAGGUCCAUCUGAUUUCAUAGUCUGGGCCUUUCUGCCUCGUGUGGCCUGGGGCCUAGGCUUACUGGGUACAGAGGGUCCGGAGCAGGGCUGCCUGGACUGCAUCUUGUCUUUGUCCAUGAGUAAGAUGCUUCA